GGAGAGGAGGAGAGACGGAGACGCGCCUGUCGUCCUGCUGAUCAUCUUAAAGGCCUGAAGAACGUGCUUUCGAGAGCUUCGCCAUGGCAACCAAAAUAGUAACGGAGCGCUGCCAGGAGGAGCAGAUGGAGCAGAUGUCUCACGGCAUGCAGAUGUCGUCCCAGAUCAAGAAGAGAAAGUUCAAAUCCAGUGAUGAAAUGGCCUCUCUGAGUGAAUUCUAUCCCAUCAUUCCCGGUGACGUCAUGUCUGUGAAAGAGAUCCUGCCCGGACCCAAGUUCCCACGCCACCGAACAUGGGAGGUCCUGAGAGAGACACUGUCCAAUGAUGAGCUCCACGAGAGGGACCAGUGGACAAUGUUCGGGAACGAGGUUGAGAAACUGGAGAUCGGUGUGAUCAGAAACCAGCGUGUGGUCCGUGAGCGCGUGGAUCGAUUCGCUCUGCGCCGGGAGGCGGAGAGAAAAGCUUCAUUGCACAUGAAGUAUAUUGAGGAUUUGAGCAUGAAGGCUCCUGAUUUCCCGAUCCCGCUGCGGCCGCACACAGUGUGGGCUGGGAUGGACGUCAAACUGUCCUGUUCAGUUGAAGGCUGCCCGACUCCCAGCAUCACAUGGUAUAAGGACGACGUUCCUCUCCGAGGAGCUCUGCCGUGGAACUACAAGCUGUCGCAGAAGUUCGGCCUCAAUGUUUUAGAGAUCAGGAGAUGUUCUGCUGAAGAUGCCGGAGAAUUUAAGGUCAUAGUGAAAAGUUCUCUGGGAGAGGCGACAUCCAGCGCCAGACUGAUUGUCAACUCUCAUGAAGGGGCCGAGGCCAAACUGAAGCGCUCUUGGACGCCCAUCCCAGUUCCAGAGCCGGACGCUCAGCUGGCCUCCACCUUUCCUCCAACAUUUGUGAUAGAAGGUGACAAUUUGGUUCUACAGUGCAGUUUCACCUCCGCUUUACUGCCCUUCCAACAGGAUGUGACCUGGUAUAGAGAUGGGCUUGUGUUGCGUCAGUCCAGUCGUGUGGAGAUGCAGACAGGUCUGCGAUCUGCCAGUCUCACCCUGAAGCGAGUGCACAAGGAACAUGAAGGGCUGUACAGCGUCCGCCUGCGCACCUGGGACGGGAGUGUCGAGCACAGCGCCUACGUCUAUGUCAAAGAUGGACCUGCGGUUGUGGUCGGAGCUCCAGGUUCUCCUCUAAAGCUGAAGUGUUCUGAUGUGAACCGGGAUUACGUGUUCCUCUCAUGGAUUCCUCCCAGCGCAGACGGAGCCGCUGCUGUGCAGGGUUACUUCAUAGAGAGGUGUGAAAUCGGUGUUGGGAAGUGGGAACGCUGUAAUGACGUCGUCCAGAGGGAGUGCCAUUAUCCCAUAAUGGGACUGAAGGAAAACACAAUGUACCAGUUCCGCGUGUGCGCAGUGAAUCAGGCAGGCGUGGGCCGCCCGUCUAGACCCACCAACCCCGUCCUGACCUCUGACCCCCUGGAGCCCAGCAGGACUACGGUGGUGAAGGUGGAGCGCGGGAGAGAGAUUGUGAUCACUAAGGACCAGCUGGAGGGUCAAAUCCGAGUGCCGUUCUCCCCCACCGACGUGCGAGUUUGCGAGCUCAGCGACACCUACGCCGUGCUGAGCUGGACCGAACCGGAUCCGCGGGGCAGAGAGCCUCUCACCUACUUCGUGGAGCGGUCCCUAACAGGGAAGGAGAGCUGGCAUCUGGCCAGUAUGGAUAUGACGGUUCUGUCUACGAAAUUUGUUGUGUUUGACCAGCAGAAGGGGAAGUCGUACAUUUACCGUGUUCGUUCUGUCAACAAGUACGGCAUCAGCGAACCGUCUCUUCCCAGCGAACCCGUCUCACUGGGACAACCACUAGGAGUUCCCGCCCCACCGCACGGCAUCCUGUCCAUCCGAGACACCAACAGCUCAGUCUUGCUGCAGUGGAAGGAGCCCAAAGUAACAGAGGGCAUUGUGGGAUACUAUCUGUACUGCAGUGAGGUUGGAAGUGGACAGUGGAAGACCAUCAACAAUAAACCCAUCACCAAAACCAGGUUUACAGUUGACGGCCUGAAGACCAAUAAAGAAUAUGUAUUCCGAGUGAAGUCUGUGGGAGUGGCGGGAAACAGCGUCUACUCUGAAGAGUGUCCUGCCAUUCGAGUCAAAUCUGCAAUAUAUGUUCCAUCCCGUCCAUCCGCCAUCGCUCUAUUGCACUGCACCGGACGAGAGAUGAUGAUUGGCUGGAGAGCACCGGCCAAUCACGGAGGAGACCCAGUGCGCGGCUACUACCUGGAUCAGAGGGAAAAAUCCCAGAGCACCUGGAGAGAAAUCAACAUCAAACCCGCUAAAGAAAGAGUCUAUGAGGUGACAGGCCUUCAGGAAGGACAUUUUUACCAGUUCCGUGUCUUCGCGGCCAACAUCGUUGGAUUGGGUGACGCUUCUGAACCCAGCGAACUGUUUCUGUGUGAGCGCUGGACGAUGCCUGAGCCUGGUUGUCCGUAUGAUCUGGAAUUUAGAGAAGUGAGGCGAAACUCUCUUGUGCUGCUGUGGGCGGAGCCUAUAUACAAGGGCCAAUCAGACAUCAGUGGGUAUAUAGUGGAGAUCAGUGAGGGGGCGGAGUCUGAGGAUUGGACCCCUGUGACGAGUGAGCCGGUGACAGAAACUCACUUAAAGGUUUCAGGUCUGCAAGCAGGUCAGACGUACCGCCUCCGUGUGUCUGCCAUUAACGCAGCUGGAGUCGGCAUGUCUUCGAUGGCGUCUGAGCCGGUGGAAGCGCAGACUAAAGCAGGAACCAAAGAGAUUGAAAUCGGAGUGGAUAAUGACGGCUUCAUCUUCCUGAGCUUUGAAAUUCCUGAAGGCACCGAUAAAGACGUCUUUAAGUGGAGUAAGAACUACGGGAAAGCGAUUGAUGCUGGACGAGCACGAUUGGAGAACAAAAACAACAGGUCUGUUCUUACCUUCACGGACGCCUCGGAGCAGGAUUUGGGCCUUUACACGGUGGAGCAGAGCUCAAACCCCGACGUCUCCUCUAGUUUCACCUUCACUGCGGAGGAUCUGGAGAGGUUGACAGAACUCAGCUGGCACGUCAGAAACCCACUGAUCGCCCUGAAGUCUGAAGGUUGGCAGAUUGACGUGUCGGAGCAGGGAAAUGUCCGUCUGUGGCUGCAGACCGAACCUCUCAGCAGCGCCGCCGUUCUUCGGCUCAUCCUCAAUGACAGAGAGAUCUCCAGUACACCGACACGUAAGAUUAACUUUGACAAGGCAAACGGUCUGGUGGAGAUCCUGUUUGAUCAAAUAUCAAGAGACGAAGAGGGUUCGUACACCGCGCAGCUCAAAGACGGCCGGGCCAAGAACCAGUUCACGCUGGUGUUUGUGGAUAAGAAGUUUCAGGAAACACUGGCCAAAUCUCAGGCCAACAGACGCAACUGGAAGAGAAAGUCGGGUCCCCAUUUCAAGGAGUUUUUGUCAUGGACAGUGACUUCAGAUUGUGAAAUGAUUAUGAAGUGUAAGGUCACCAAUGUGAGCAAAGACACGCGUGUGAAGUGGUUUAAGGACGGAAUGGAGCUUCCUCAGGCGGUGUACGAGCCCACGGGCGUCUGCACCCUCAUCAUACCGCAGGUGACGAGGAAGGAGCUGGGUGUGUAUAAAGUCGUAGUGUCCGACAACAGAGGAGAAGAUGAGACCGUCCUGGAAAUGAUAGAUGACGAGUUUGAGCGUCUGAUGCAGCAGCUCAGUAAACAGUGCGCGCUCUCUGCUGGUCCGGUGUACAUCCAGUGCACUGCGCAGGGCUUCAAACUCUACUGCUCCCUCAAAUACUACCUGACCUACAUGAAAACCAGCUGGUACUUCAAGGAGAAGAGAAUUGACUUGGAGGAGCGGACAAAGCCAGGCAGCAGCAUGCAGAAGGUUUGGAUUGAGAUAUUCAACCCCACUGAAAAUGAUAAAGGGAAGUACACCCUGGAGAUGUUCGACGGCCAGGAAACACACAGGCGCUUUCUGGAUCUGUCUGGACAAGCUUUCGCAGAUGCUUUGCUGGAAUACCAGAGACUGAAGCAAGUGGAGUUUGCUGAGAAAAAUCGAGCCAGAGUCACAAAGGGCCUUCCAGAUGUUGUGGCCAUAAUGGAAACCAAGUCUCUGUGUCUGACGUGUUUUGCCGACGGCGAUCCCGUGCCGGAAAUGUUCUGGCUGAAGAACGACAGAGAAAUCAUCUCCGCCGGCCAGUAUAACAUCAAAAACGAGAAUAAAUCCUCCACUCUCACCAUAAACCACGUGACCAUGGAGGACUCGGGCAACUAUAGCAUCUUCGUGCGCAAUAAACACGGAUCGCAGACGGUCGUCGUGACCGUCAGUGUGUAUAAACACGGUGAAAAGCCUCGAGCAGAUGCCGUGCAAAUGUAAGUGAACCCACUGUAAUUGCCACAGUGAUUGUGUGGGUGAAUCUAUUUUUAUUGAAGUCAACAAUAAUUUCAAAACAAAAAUGUGCUCACCCUCAGACCAUCCAAGAUUAGGAUGAGUUUGUUUCUUCAUCAGAUUUGGAGAAAUGUAGCAUUGCAUCACUUGCUCACCAAUGGAUGUGAAUGGGUGCCGUCAGAAUGAGAGUCCAAACAGCUGAUAAAAACAUCACAAUAAUCCACAAGUAAUCCACACCACUCCAGAACAUCAGUUAACAUCUUGAGAAACCAAAAGCUGAAACAAAUCCAUCAUUAAGAUGUUUUUAACUGAAAUACAUGUCUAUAAACCAUAUUUAAGUCCAUCUCCUGUUGUCUCUCACAUCAAAAUCCAUCCACAUAUUUGUUUAAAGCCGUUUUGGCUUGUAAACGGUGCUUGAUCUAUGCAGAUUUCUCUCCUGAUUCAGACCAGACCACUUUUUCACUUUAAGGAAGUGUUAUUAUGGGCUCAAUGUAUUUUAGUUAAAAAUGUCUUAAUAAUGGAUUUGUUUCAGCUUUUGUCUUCUCAAGAUGUGAACUGAUGGACUGGAGUGGUGUGGAUUAUUGUAAUGCUUUUAUCAGCUGUUCUCAUUCUGACGGCACCCAUUUCAAUCCGUUGGUACAGCAGCAUUUUAGUGCCACGUUUAUUUCUACAACUUAAAUUCUCAAAACAUUUCGACUUUAUGCUCUUGACUUUAUUUUCAAAAUAAAUUCGACUUUAUUCCCAUAAUAUUUCAACUUUAUUCUCGUAAUAUUUCGACUUUAUUCUUGUAGCAUUUUUAAAAUUUAUUCUCAAAAUAUUUCGGCUUUAUUCUCUAAAUAUUCUGACUUUAUUCUUGUAGCAUUUCAGAUUUAUUCUCGAAAUAUUUUGACAUUAUUCUCAAAAUAUUUCGACUUUAUUCUCAAAAUAUUUUGGCUUUAUUCUCGUAAUAUUUCAACUUUAUUCUUGUAGAAUUUCGAUUUUAUUCUCGAAAUAUUUCAACUUUAUUCUCAAAAUAUUUCGACAUUGUUUUUGUAAUAUUUCGACUUUAUUCUCAAAAUAUUUUGGCUUUAUUCCCUAAAUAUUCUGACUUUAUUCUUGUAAUAUUUCAACUUUAUUCUUGUAGUAUUUCGACUUUAUUCUCAUAAUAUUUCAGCUUUAUUCUCCAAAUAUUUCGGCUUUGUUCCCAUAAUAUUUCAACUUUAUUCUUGUAGUAUUUCAAAUUUAUUCUCAAAAUAUUUCGCCUUUAUUCUCGAAAUAUUCUGACUUUAUUCUCGAAAUAUUUCGACUUUAUUCUUGUAAUAUUUCGAAAAUAAAGUCUCAAAAUAUUGUGGCUUUAAUCUCGUAAUCUUAGUAUUUUUUUAGGUGGCACUAAAAUGCCGUCGUACAUUAGUAAACAAGUGAUUUAAUGCUACAUUUCUCCAAAUCUGAUGAAGAAACAAACUCAUCUACAUCUUGUAUGACCUGAGGGUGAGGACAUUUGCUAAUGCAUAGCUAAUUUUCAUUUUGGGGUGAACUGUUCCUUUAUUGGUGCGUUAGAAGGCAGCGUCCUGAAGGUCAGUGUCCUAAAAGCCACUGAAGCCUGAGUUGAUUUGUGGUUUGUUUCCUCUGCUUUAUCUUGUGCCACUUACAGAAUAAAGUGCAAAUGAAACCUUUUUCACUCUCUUUGUUCGUUUUUAUCUAAUUUGAGCGUCGGGGAAUAAGACUGUUCAGCAGACUUUGAUCAAAUAGACUGUGAACUUACUUUCCAGCUGCAUUAUAAUAGGGUCAAGAUCGAUUUCUAUGCCUGUAUAUGGAUGGAUGGAUGCGUUUUAUCUGCUGAUAUUUCAUAAUAGAGAGAUCGAGACCCGUUUCAAAUAUCAUUAUGCAACCCGAGGGUGAUUCUUUUGAACAGAUGGAAAGCAAACUCCACAGUCCACAGGGUCAUUCACCCCUCAUGUGUUUAAACAGGAUAGUAUUUCAACGGGUUGCUUUUACAGAACACAGUACGAGAAGGAUCUACACCAAGAUUUGACAUGAAAUG